AUGACUGCAAAGUGGGAAAGCAUUGAUGAUGAGAGCGAGGCCUUUCUCGCUGAGGUGCGGCAACUCGAAGCCUGGUGGCAAACAGAUCGUCAAAAACACAUUAAACGACCGUACACAGCCGAGUCCAUCGCAGCCCUGCGGAACGUUGGACUUAAGAUCGAGUACCCAUCGAGUGCACAGGGCCUCAAGCUGUGGCGUAUGCUGAAAGAACACAAUGCCAAUGGUACCUACGACUUGACGUUUGGCACAACGGAGCCCUUGGUCGCCAGAGAAAUAGCCACCUCCAGUGAGAUUUCCUACCUCCUCAACAUUCCAAGUUCUUAUACCUUAGAAGUGAAAACUAUAUACGUUUCCGGCGGGCUCGCCGGCCAUGCUCAAGCCAACUUCCCCGGCGACGACCACGCGGACUACCCGGCCGACCUCGUGCCAUCGAUCGUAAAGCGCAUAUUCAAUACCCAGCUCUUCCAGGACCAGAGCCAGAACCAGCUGCGCAUGAAAUACCCCAAGAAAGAACGCAAACACCUCGAAUGUAUCGACUACAUGCUUCCUAUAGUCGCAGAUGCAGACAUGGGCUUUGGAACCCUCACCGGAUGUAUGAAGCUGGUUCGGAGCUUUGUCGAGGCUGGUGUCGCCAUGAUUCACAUCGAUGAUCUUGCCAUGGGUCUUAAGAAAUUUACUAAUGGAGAGGGGAGAACUAUUGUACCGACCUCGGAGUACCUAACAAGAUUGACCGCUGUGAGGAUGACCUUUGAUAUAAUGGGUGUCGAUACAAUGCUACUAUGUAGAUGCGAUAGCCAUGGUGCUGAGUUCAUCACAAGUGUAUCAGAUCCCAGGGAUCAUCCAUACGUCCUCGGUGCCACAAAAACCAUUCGCCCAUUCGCCGAAAUCAUAACCGAGGCUGCCAAAACUGGGAAACCAUAUUCCACCGCAAAGUCAGAGUGGAAAGCAGCUGCUGGAUUGAUGACAUUCGACGAGGCUGUGCGAGCCCACGCCACCGAUGACCAGUACAAGCCUUACGUAGACAGUGUUAUUGGCAAGGUUGUGGCACUGCGUGAGCGACAAGCACUUGCGGAGCGCUUGCUUGGAAAGCGCGUUGUGUUUGACUGGGAGCUUCCGAGGACACCUUUGGGGCAAUACAUGUGGCAGUGGUCAUCCCAAGCCGUCAUCGACCGGUGCCUCGUUGCCGCUCCGUUAGGGGACCUUUCGUGGAGUCGCCAAGAUAAGAAAGACAUGCACGAGUUCCACACCGCCAUACGAGCAGUUUACCCUGACCGUAUGUUCGCUUUUGGUUUCACUGGGUCCUACGACUUCUCGCAGGGGGGCUAUUCUCCAGAGGAGGUCGAGUCCUUUCAUUCCGAUAUCGCCAAAUUGGGCGUCGUGUGGCAGUUCCAGCCCGUCUGGGCUAUGCAAGGUCCUAGUGUACAAACCCGACAGUUUGCUGAUAGAUUUGCCAAGGGGGGCAUGGCGUACUAUAUACGUGAAGUCGCUGCGCCAGCCAUUACAAGCAUGCCCAAAGACGGCAAAGGCAAUCCAAUCUCGCGCGGGGGUCAUCUAGCUGAUGCUUUCUUCGAUGUAGUAGCAGGGCGCGACAUUGCCUACAGGGAAUGA